UUGAGUUAGCGUAGCACGGAAGUCAAAUUGAAGUGAUUGAUUAAUUUGAGUUUAAUGCACAAAGUGCGCUGUGACACAACGUGACUCCAGUGUUUCUUCACUGCCACAAAAAUGAAGUUCAACAUACGUGCUGCGACUAAAGAAGACUGCAAAGACAUCUCGAGAAUGAUAAUGGAGUUGGCCGAGUAUGAAAAGAUGACAGAUCAAGUGAAGAUAACAUGCGAUGAAUUGGAGCGUGAUGGUUUCUGCCAGAAUCCCUUGUUCGAAUGUCUCGUUGCUGAAGUUCCAGAAGAGAAUAAGUCUAAAGAAGGAUUCACCACUGUUGGAUACGCCCUUUACUUUUACAUCUACAGCACAUGGAAAGGACGGUCAAUGCAUUUGGAGGAUUUGUAUGUGAUGCCUGAAUACCGAGGAUUUGGCAUUGGAAAAAGUUUACUGAGCACCGUCGCUAAGGUAGCCAAAGAGAGGCCGUGUGCGCGCUUGCAGUUGAGCGUAUUGGAGUGGAACGUUCCAUCACGAGACUUCUAUGCUAGGAGAGGAGCUCAGGAUCUGACUGUCACGGAAGGCUGGCAUUCAAUACGUUUUGAUGGACAAAGCUUGAACGAUUUAGGAAGUGACGCCCUAAAGAAUUAAAAGGGAUACACUUUCUGCUCAACGCAUGCCAUCGUGUUCCUACUCUAAACAUUUUUUUUCCAUACUAAGGAUGUGAGUCCUGCCGUUCAGAAAUCCUAAAUAUGUUUUUAUCUAUUGGUAGAAAUGUGUAUUUUAAAUUCUGGAAUAAAUAUUCCCUGCAUUAAGACAAAACUUUAACAUUGUUCGUCUGCUCUUUUCUCUACAGCAAUUAUUUUCUGUUAGGCCCCCCCCAGGAAGACGUAAACGUUCCGCGCCCCCCCAACUCUCUGCAGCAAAUAUACUGUAGUAUCAUUUGUCUAUAAGAUUCUUAUUAUUAUAAGUACACCUCUGCAUAACAUUGUGUCCUUUUUAAUAUUAAGAAGAAAAAAAGACUCGAUACAUUUUUUGACCGUUUGACACUGAAAAAAAUAAAUUAAAAUCAAUAAAUAAUCAUAAAUUCAAAUUGAUUAGCAACAUUAACCCACGAGGACAGUAUGCCAAAACUAUUAGACUGAAAAAACAAAAAUUAAUAGAACAAAAACGACAGUGACAUUGGACAGAGAGACAGUUUUUUUUAUUUUUGCUGCAGGCAGUAUCAGCUCCUUUGCUGUGGUGUUGGGUUAUUUUGCAUUGAGCAAUUUGGUAUGCAACCUAAUGUGAUGCUGACAGUGCUCGCUGGUUUACUACUGUAACACUGACAAAGCGGGAAGAUUGUUGGCAGUAUUCGGCACGUUUUCGCUGAAAGAAAAAAAGAAUUUCUGCUGUCCGCCGCGAACAUUUUUAGACAAAGUAAACAGACUGGUCUUUCCUCAUCUCCCACUGUACUAAAAGUCAAAGCCAAAAGCCAAAUGCUACAUACGCUUCGUCAUAUUUCUUCGUCUUAGCUUUUCAUAUCUCCAGUGCUCUUUGCUGUGUGUUCUUGUUUGGUUCAAAAAUACUGCGCACAUGCUAAAAAUGAGAGCGCCACUGCCACCCACUCAGUGGAUGUGCAAUUACACUUUAUUCUAGUUUGGCAAAAAAGUAUGUUCUCUAAGGUCUCAUGCGCCACCCCUAGCAUUGCUCUGCCCCACUAUUUGAGAAGUACUGCUCUACAGUAACUGAUUAUAAGGUGCCAAACUAAUUCCUUAGCAUGCUUCUCAUAAAAACGAGAAACCAUAAAUGACACUAUGAAGUGGAAGUAAUUUCAUUAUUGGUGAGCUUUUGAUGUUUUCAUAUUUUGAAUAGGAGCUUCUCUGAGUCAUCAGAAAUAAAUAUACUAUACAUUCCUUUCAACCACUGAAAAUGUUUAUUCAUUUACAUACUCAUGAAUAACUAGUUGAACAACUUAAAUAUUUAUGCAUUACAUACAACUUCUAAAAGUGUAAAAGUGUUUUGUGUAGUUGAAUGGACGUGAGUAACUAGUUUUAUGAUAAUAAAAAUGUGCUACGUUUUAAAAUGAACUCAUUGACUGCCAGCCUCACAGUUAAAAUGGGUUUGAUGUACACUAGUGACAAAGUCCCCGGCAGUGUUGUUUUCGUCAACGAUGACGGUAUCGAAAAUAUUUCGCCAACAGACAAUUUUUUCAUGAUGAUGACGUCACAAUGACUCGCUGAAAACGUGUCUUUGGAAACUAAAACAUAACAAGAUGGAUGCCAGUUGUCGUCUGACGACACGAUAACAAGAUGAAAAUUCGCCAUAGUUUCCUUCAUAAAUUCACAAUGUUUGAUACUAUUGUAUGUGUAGUUAGAAUGCAUCCAGCAGUGUUUGGUCAUGUCACUCAUGUGACGUGCUGUCCCCCUCCCACCAUACAAUCGCUUAAGCCUGUGCCCAUUCCAGGCUCAUUUUAUGAAACAUACUGUAUGUGUCAUGUGCUGCUUGAUAUGUUUUGCUUUAUCUUGGCGAGAUAUGCCAUGUUGCUUUAGCCUUUAAAGGUCUGUGCUGAGUGAUCAUCACACACUAAACUAACUUGUAGCGUUAGCAUAGCGUUUGCAUUAGCAUUUAGCGCAGUGACUCCGUGUCUUCUUAAAGUCUUGGAAAACAUUUUACAUACAGUUCGUGGUGUCCAGGUAAGUUUAAUUAAUUGCAAAUGAUGUGCUGUCUUCCUGCUGAGUGUGUAUUAUCAUCAUGAAAAUUGUGAUGUCCUUGUAGACUCUACCGUGAUCUGGUCAUCCGUCAUGUUCAUUUGAAAUGGUUGGAAACCUUUUAUUUAUUCAUGGAAUAAACCUUUUGAAGUUUAUAGACGAAAAUAUUUUGAGAACUGUCGACUAAAACUAGACGAAAUUUGAGUUUUCGUUGACUAAAUCUAGACAAAGACGAACACAUUUUGAAAUGACUCAAAUAUGACAAAGACUAAUAAGUAUUUUCGUCCAAAAGACUAAGACAAAAAUUAAAAUGGCUGCCAAAAAAACUCCCCAGGUUACGAACGAGUUCUGUUCGUAGGCUGGUGAUGUAACCCGCAUUUCCGCGUAAGUCAGAAUUAACCGUUUAAGUACCUCUAAAUACAAAAUAACUGUCCAAAAACAUGUAUUAUACGUCAUAUUAAUAAGAUCAAGUAAAAAAUAAGAUACUGUGAGGUACGUUGUGUAAUGCCGUUGUAUUGAAUGACUGGGCUUUCAAAAAAAAAACAAAAAAAACAGAUAUUCAUGCUUUACUCGCUAGUGAGUCGCUUUGAGCGAAAAGGGCGCUGUGGAAAGAGUAGGGAGGUGAGUG